AUGGGUAGAGGUACAUUAAAACAACAACUUAAGCAUCAUAAGUCACAAAAUAAAGAAGAAUCGUUAAGCUCAAAAAACAACAAGAACCAGAGCAAUGUCGAGGUAAAGGAUUCAAAACUUAAUCAAAAGGAGCAGAAGAUCACACCAGCUGUUGUGCCUAAACCUAUUUUGAAAAAUAUCGGUAGUGAACCAGAUGAGUACAAGAGUAGUGCAUUAUCAAAAAAAGAGCUUCGAAGAGUAAAGAAGUUGGAAGCUCAAUUGGAAGAAGAGGAUGCUUCAGACGAGGAGGAAGAGGAUGCUCAAGAAGAUGAAGAUAACGAGUUAGACUUGGAAAAAUUAGCUGCAAGUGAGAGCGAAAGUGAUAUCAAUGGAAGUGAUGAAGAUGAAGAUGAAGAUGAAGAUGAAGAUGAAGAAGAGGAAGACGAAGAUGAAGAAGAGGAAGAAGAAAAGGAAGACGAAGAAAUUCAAGAAGAUGUUCCUUUGUCUGACGUGGAAUAUGAUUCCGAUGCUGACAUCGUGCCACACACCAAGCUUACGAUAAAUAAUAUGGCAGCUUUAAGAGAAUCAUUGGCAAGAAUUCAGCUUCCAUGGGAAAAGCAUCCAUUCACCGAACAUCAAUCUGUCACUAGCGUUGAAAAUGCUGAAUCACAAAUCAAGGAUAUAUAUGAUGAUACCGAAAGGGAAUUAGCCUUUUACAAACAAGGUUUGGAUGCAGUCAAACAAGCAAGAACCACUUUGCUCAAACUCAAGGUUCCAUUCUCACGUCCAGUCGAUUACUUUGCAGAAAUGGUCAAGAGUGAUGAACAUAUGGACAAGUUAAAGACAAAAUUGUUGAGCGAGGCUGCCAACAAGAAGGCGUCAGAAGAUGCAAAGAAACAAAGACAGUUGAAGAAAUUUGGUAAACAAGUGCAGCACGAAACUUUGCAACAAAGAGCCAAACAGAAGAAAGAAACCUUGGAAAAGAUAAAGAGCUUGAAAAAGAAGAGAGGCGCCAAUGAGAUUAGUAACGAUGAUGAUUUCCAAAUAGCUUUGGAAGAAGCCACGAAAGAAGAAAAUUCAGGACGCGGUGGCGGUGCUGAUAACAAGAGGAGAAAGGUCAACGGAAAGAGAAUGGCCAAAAACGCCAAGUAUGGACAAGGUGGUAAAAAGAGUGGAUCAAGAAAGAAUGAUGCUGCAUCAUCUGCUGAUAUUUCUGGAUUUUCAAGCAAAAAGAUGAAGGGUAAGUCUGCAAGACCAGGAAAAAGUAAACGUUCCAGGAGGUAG